GCGGGACUGAGAGUUGUGUAAAUUGUGAGAAACGGUCUAGUCAAAACUCGAAAAAGUGUUUCGCAGACUGAGAAUCUUGUCGCGGGACUGAGAGUUGUGUAAAUCGUGAGAAACGGUCUAUUUAAAACUCAAAAAAGUUCGUCUCCAAGACUCUCAAGUGUGGAACGCGAGAAACGCGCGUUUCUCAAAUUCAAGAUGGCGUUUGCUGCAGCCCGUAUGAUACUGAAGGACAAGCGGAGAAAGGCUUCCAAGGAGGACUUCAGGGACCCCAGGAACAGAAGCAAGGCGCGGAACAAACCCGCAGACGGGGGUGGUCACGUCAACCAGAAGAACGCGGCGGGACAGAAAGCGACGCCGACGAGUCAAAAAGGCGGUCCAAAAACUCCCGUCAAACCAUCAGCGCAAAAAGGGGCAGCAAAGACCGCGCCUCCAAAGCAAGCCGCCGCCGCCGCUGCAGCCGUCAAAACUCCUCAGGGGAAGAAGAAGAAAGGACACAAGCACCAGCAGUAUGAGCUCAUUGUUACUAUUAAUCUGUCCGAGUAUGGCCUUACGGAGGAGCAGGUUGCAGAGUUCAAAGAAGCCUUCAUGUUGUUCGACAAGGAUGAAGACGGCACGAUCACUAUGGCUGAGCUGGGAGUCGUCAUGCGCUCGCUGGGGCAGAGACCUUCAGAGACUGAGCUUCGAGACAUGGUGAAAGAAGUGGACCAAGACGGCAACGGCACCAUCGAAUUUAACGAGUUUUUGCAGAUGAUGUCCAAGAAGAUGCGCGGCGCCGAUGGCGAGGACGAGCUAAGAGAGGCUUUCAGGGUAUUCGACAAAAACAACGACGGUCUAAUUUCCUCCGUGGAGCUUCGCCACGUCAUGACCAACCUCGGUGAGCGGCUCAGCGAAGAGGAGGUGGACGACAUGAUCCGCGAGCUGACCUCGAUGGUGACGGCAUGGUCAACUACGAUGAGUUCGUGACAAUAUUGACGUCGAAAAACUAGUAUGCAGAGCAAACGCCGACGAGAGACCCUCCCCCUCGAGCAACAGCUCCCCGUAAGGACAGCGACCUCGCUCCUUACGGGGACCUCUACAAACACGGCGGUAAAGAAACUCUUAUAUAAACCGGACGGCAUUACCAAGUGACUACUCACUAAUCAGUGUUAAUGAUACUCAUUCUCAUCCGUUACUUAGAUCGCUUGGUGGCAGUGUAUACGUACUCAAUGUUUAGAUGUGUGUGUCCGCUACAAAUUGGGAGGAAAAAUAUGGACCUUUUUUUCUCUUAAUUUCAAAGGAAACUAGAAUUGUGAAUUGAAUAAACGCCGUUACAAGUUAGUUGAUUUGAAAUAGAAAAUUUUAGAUUAGUUAAAUGUUUUAAAGACUGCUAGUGUAGUCAAAAUCAUUUGAUAUUUUACAUUAAAUUUCAUUUAAUAAUGCAGUUUGAUUUUAAUUAUUUUAGUAACAAAAACAAGUCUGAUAUUAAAUUAAUAAAACAACUGACUUACUUGUAACAGCUAAAACAUACUAAUCGAUAUUAAUAAUUACCUUACCUUAAACAAUUGAUUAUAAAACAACUAAACUAACCAUAACAAUCAGUGUAAAUUACAUCAUAGAUAUAAAAAGGAGCAUCGUCAUAUUAUAGAUUCACUAGGUAGAAAUAAAAUAAAAAUAGCUGUUAACAAAAAUCGGUUGUGCCGACAACUUUUUGUAAGUGUACCAAAACAUAGUCUACAUAAUAUAAUAAAUAAUCUAGCAUCCGUACGUAUACACGUUGUGUGACUUUGUGUAGUUUUAGAAGUGUAUGUGUCGACAAAUGAUGCUGUCCAGAAAGAUUCUUCAGCAAAUGCUUAGAUCAUUGUAUCUUGGCCUUUUUGUAAGAAAAGAGUCAAGGAUAUAA